CUUAACAGAGCAACAAGGCAGAGCAAUGUAAUUAAUCAGUGCAGGGACAGGAAAGUGUGCACAGGCCCUUUGCACCACAAGGCAGGAGUUACAAUUGUUCGAGCCUUGGAAAUGGCUUUGCUGUGUUACAACAAGGGCUGUGGGCAAAGAUUUGAUGCCAAUAAGAACGCUGAGGAUUCCUGUGUGUACCACCCAGGUGUUCCCAUAUUCCAUGAUGCCCUGAAGGGCUGGUCUUGUUGCAAGAAACGAACCACAGACUUCUCAGAAUUCCUCUCCAUAAAGGGCUGCAUGAAGGGGUGUCACAGCAAUGAGAAGCCCCCCGAGCCCUUCCGGCCAGAGGAUACCUCAGACAAGCUGAAGGCCAAGCCAAGCACAGAACCCAUCGUCCAAAGCCCAAAAUCAGCUGAGAAGAUGCAGCGUGAAAGGCCAAGCUCUGAUGAGCCAAGACAGCCACUGCUGAUUAAAGUGUCCAGGUCUCUGGAGCAGACCCUGGAGAAGCUGAAGCUGGCCUCCAAAAACCAAUGCCCAGAGGGAGGUUCCUUGUGCAGGGCAGAGGCCAUUCCAGAGGUCAGGACUGGCACCACCUGUAAGAACUCAGGCUGUAAGGCGAUCUACAAGGGGGCAGAGAAUGAGACAGAGGCUUGUAUUUUCCACCCCGGAAUUCCUGUCUUCCAUGAGGGUAUGAAGUACUGGAGUUGUUGUGGCAUUAAAACUACAGACUUCAGUGCGUUUCUGGAGCAAGAGGGCUGCAGCACUGGGAAACACAGCUGGCUAAAGAAGGAGGAGAUACAGGCUCAUGUAUGCUGGAGGCUGGCCUCAGUAACAGGCUCCUUUCCUCACCAGGAUACGAAGUUGGUGUCUUGUCGACAAGACUGGCAUCAAACCAGCAGCCAAGUGGUGGUGACAAUUUAUGCCAAGAAUCCUCUGCCAGCACUCAGCUCUGUGACAGCCAGUCGCACUGUGAUUGAUGUCCAUAUCAUGUUCGAAGGUGACAAGGUUUUCCAGGCAAAGCUGGAUCUCUGGGGUGUCAUUGAUGUACAGAAGAGCUUUGUAAACAUGGUGCCCACAAAGGUGGAAAUCACCCUGCGAAAGGCUAGCCCCAUGACCUGGGCCAAACUGGAGCAUCUCCAGAGCAGCUCUCAGCCCAGACAAGACCAGACCGAGAAAGAUCCUGUGGAUGAUGAGGACCCCGAAGGAGUGCAAUGGGAGGAGUCAGAUGACAGCUUGAGCUGGUCAGAGGAGGCAGAUGAGGAGCGGGAGGAAGGAGCAGUAAGCAAAUGACAUUCAUGUAGUGUCUUCAAAACAGAGAUUGAAGCCUCUUUCUUUCAAAGACAAGCAUGUGGGACCCCAGAACCAUCUCCAGGUGAGCAGAUUGAAUUCCUUGGAGACUGAGAGCCAGCUCUGGAUUUAAAGCUGCUAGAGACACUGCCUCCCAAGUGUAAAGCGUUCAGCUCACCUAUGUCUCUCUGGCAGUGUCUAUACUGGGAUAUUUCUUGUACACUUGGGAAGAAGUUAAAGAGCAGCUACUAAAGUUUGACAUUUUUAAAUCAGCAUUCAGGUGUUUUAAAAGAGCUGGCUGAGGAGCUCACUAGACCGUUAAUGUUAAUUUUCAUUAAGUCUUGAAAAAUCCCAGAAGUUCUAAAACACUGGAAGAAAGCUAAUGUGACAGUAUUCAAGAGGGUAAACCAUAUAACCUGGGUAAUUAUGGGCCUGCCAGUAUGACAUUGAUCCCAGGAAAGAUAAAGAAGCAGCUGAUAUGGGACUUUAAUUCUCUUACUCUCCUUUAAUUUUUUUUUAUUAAUAAUGCCAAUCAACAUGGGUUUAUGGAAAAUAGAUCCUGUCAAAACUGAUUUGGUAUCUUUCCUGAAUGAGAUUACAAGUUUUGUUGAUAAAGGUAAUAGUGUACCACAUAACAUUUUGAUUUAAAAAAAUUGGAAUGAUAUUAAGAUGGCACACAUUAAGCAGAUUAAAAGCUAGCUAACUGA